AACUCUUUCUUUUUUGCAGAGUGAGGCUGCCGGGCUGUCAGCUCAGCGAGGUUCACAUACUGGGAUGAGCACUGGCUGCUAAACUUCCCCUCCCCGCCCCCCGUUUUUAGAGAACAAAAGCAUGGGGGACAACUGGAAGACGCGCUGCUGUGUUUUCCUGUCGGUUGCCUUCAUCUUAGUGUUAAUCGGGCUGAUUGCCUGCGUGGUCUAUAUCUCCUUUGCCCCGACCCAGCUGAGACAGUGCCAGGAGCAGCUGAAGAAAAACACCUCCGCUCUGACGGGGAAACUCGCCAACCUGGAGGAGGAGAAGGGGGCCCUGGAACUGCAGCGGGAUGGGGCGAGGGCAGAGGUCACGGCGCUGCGGUCGGAGCUGGCUGGCACCAAUCAGACCCUCUGGGAGACGCGCGGGCGCUGGGAGUCCUGCAGGAGCCUGACGCACGUCCUGCAAAACAACAUCACUGCCCUGAAGGAUGAAAUCACCCAGCUGGGAGGCCGAGGCACCGAGCAAGGACGGGGACAAGGUGAAAUAGACAAGCUCAAACAGCAGCUCCAGGAGGCUCAAGAGCACAGUGAUAAACUCCAAGCUGACAUCCGGCGGCUGGAACAGCAGCAGCUCCAUAGCCCGAAGAAUCAGAGCUCUGGUGGGAGCAGCCUCCGGAUCCCCCUCGUGGCCGGCUACCUGAACCUGCUGGCUCUGUCCCUCGCCGGGAUCCUGCUCCUGUGAGAAGCCGGUUCGCACAGGUAGCUCAGCGCAGUGUUCGGUGGCGGGGGACGCAGGACUCUCUCUCUGUCCCUCGGGAUUUGUGUUUCAGGGCUGACCAGGCAGCGGGAGAGUGGAGAAUCCCCAUGAGACCAGGUCACACUGCAUAGCCGCCAGCUCGCCCCCAUCCCCAGAAUGCUCACGGGAACUCUUCUAAGCCACUAGCUUGCUUGGCAUUUCCCCCGAGUCGUGCAGGGAGGCAGGUUCCUGCCCAGCCCAGCCCUGGCGGAAGGAUCUCCUUGGCUCCUGCCCAGCACUGGAAGACGAUGGGGAAAUGGUGAAGAAGAUCCAGAGGGUAAAGAGGGCAGGGAGGAUGGAGCCAAUUUAUCCAGCGCCCCUGGCGUUUCUUGGCUGGAGAUUGCCCCAGACGACGGCUGCCCUGAGUGGGGUCAAGCCCCAGUGGGGGUAUUUGCUGCUCCCUUGCGGGUUUCUAUUUUUCUAAUAAAAUGUUGCCAACCCCAAA